AUGGUGAACAUUGAGAAGCAUUUGCCGAAAUUGGUGUCCAUUCGCUUGAAUACCGCGAAAGCCAUCAGCGAUCGGACGCUGAAGUGCUUAUCGAAGCUGAAGAAGUUAUCCAAACUGGAGAUCAUAUGCCUGACCGCCGAUGACACGGCAAAUAUCACCGAUACGGGUGUGUGCGAAGUGAUCGACUCGUGUCCGCGGAUAUCGACAUUGAAUUUCGACCAAAAGAACCCGCACUUCGACUUCGCGAUCACCAGACAAUCGGUGGACAAAAUCGUGGCCAGAGCUCAGCAGAUGAUCAAAAUUCAGUACUACUUCUCGUUCGCCAUUAACACUAAAUGCAAUGAAAAGCUGUAUCAGUCAUACUAUCCAUCCAUUCAAUUGCCAUCUAAUCUGUCGAUCGAAAGUUUCGUGUCCAUCACCAGCACCACCACCAACAGCACCGGUAGCCCAGCAAUGGAGGAGUACGCCCGUGAGCCGUGUCCGUGGCGUAUAGUCGAUGACUGUGGCGGCGCCUUCACCAUGGGUGCCAUCGGGGGGUCAGUGUUUCAGGCCAUCCGGGGCUUCAGGAACGCCCCCCAAGGGGUCAACAAACGACUGCUGGGGUCGUGGUCUGCCGUGAGGACGAGGGCGCCCGUCAUCGGCGGUAACUUUGCCGUCUGGGGCGGACUCUUCAGUACCAUUGACUGCACUCUGGUUCACAUCCGCAAGAAGGAGGACCCCUGGAAUAGCAUUACGUCCGGCGCUCUCACCGGCGCUAUACUCGCCGUCAGAAGUAAGUGUUUGGGUGACAGUCGGAUACAGGUGCUCGUGGUCUGUCGGCACAUACCGGUGCUGGUUGUGCCCAAUGAUAGAGUGCUAUUGUAUUGUGGUUUCAGUGAUACCUCUAAUGCUAGCGAUUCUGUCGUUUAA